AUGGGGCCCAGCUUUGUUUCAAUAAUAAACGAGUCUAAUGAACCUGUGCUAAUAUACAUUCCAAAUCAAGGAUCAGUUGAGGUCAAUGAAGUACUGAAAUAUAAUACUUUUUCUAACAUCUCACUGGAUUAUUUUGAAAGUCCAUUGUUUGAGGCCUCUGCAAAUGAUAAGAACAAGAUGAUCAAACUACUUUUCAAACUAGAACAUGUGGCUGUAUAUGGUAUGCUGAUUAAGGCAACCGGCUUGAAAAUAAUAAUUGGGUUCAACGAUAAGGAAGGCGGCGAUAGUAAUGAUGAUGAGAUUGACGACAUUUUCCAAAAAGUCAAGAAGAUUUAUUUAAGAGUAAAAUCUAGUCCAUUCGUAGACAUUAAUAAUGAUAACAAACAACUUGCCAAUUUAUUGGAAAAAAAGUUCGAUGAUGAAUUUAUUAAAAGCGUUAUAUCACAUGUAGAUCGACUUUAA